AUGAAAAAGAGCACAAUUAAAAUUCUAAUUGCUGUUGGGGUCGUUGCGGCGGUUUAUCUCGUGUUGAGGUACUAUGGCGUAACAGACGAUAUUCGCUUAGAGAACGUACCGAAAAUCAAGACAUGGGUGGCGGGUUUUGGGAAAAUUGCUCCGUUGGUUUACAUUGGGCUCUAUCUGGUAUCCACUGUCUUUUUCCUUCCCGGUUCCCCAGUAACUGUGUUAGCGGGUUUCGUCUUCGGACCCUUGUGGGGUAUCUUUUACGCUUCCGUAGCUUCUAUUAUCUCUAUCUCCAUUGCUUUUCUCAUUGCCCGCUAUGUUGCCCGCGACCUCGUUGAAGGUUGGGUCAAAAACAAUGCGCAAUUCCGCAAGAUAGAUGAGCAGGUUGAAGAACAGGGAUGGCGUAUCUUGAUGUUUACACGCUUGGUCCCGAUUUUCCCAUUUAACCUUCAAAACUAUGCCUAUGGGCUAACCAGUAUUCGGUUCUCCACUUAUGUACUUGUCUCUGCUAUCUUUAUGUUGCCGGGGACAGCAGCGUUUGUCCAGCUCGGUGGCGCGUUUGUGAGUGGUGAGGGCAAUAUUUGGAAGACGCUACUCUAUCUUGGAAUAGCUGGCGUGCUAAUGCUCUUGCUAUCUUUGAUUCCGAGAUUGCUACAAAAAUAUCAAACGAAAUUGUAG